GAACUAACCAAAGAAAAGACGCAGAGUUUCGUAACUCUUAAGUAUGGUUGGAUCUCACCUUAACCCAAAGUCGGUUCCUAAAAUUAUUGCUCUUUUCGCAUUCCUACGCUCAUAUUUAUACUCUGCACUCUCACACACACUCACCUUUUUUCACUCUUUUUCAAACACUCUCUCCCUUUCUUCUGCAUAAACCAUUGAUGCCUCACUCACGUUUUCUCAUGCUUCUUCUUCUUUCUUCCCUUCUCUUUCUCUCUUUUCAUCACGGAUUCGGCCGGGUGGCAAUGAUGGAGACCCAUCAGGAUUUUCCCAUUCGCAGAAUAGUGAAGUAUGAGAUUGAAGAUUAUGCUGAUCCACAGCCAAAUAUCAAUCCAAAGAAUGGGUAUAUUUUCACCCCUCCUUCACCGACUCCAACACAUCCUCCAAAACCUUAAAUAGAACCAAAAACCAGAACACUUCAACCACUGGUUUAUGUUUUUUCACAGAAUUAGGAUUUUGGCCACUGUGUUGCUGUUAUUUUUAUCCCUUCAAUUUUAUUUUAUAUGUUUUCAAAAUGGAAAAUUGUGAAUUGUGCUAAUAAAUAAAGUGUUUGGUUAUUUUGCGCAUCAAA